GUCACUGCCAUUUGUAGCCAGGUGGUGGAGCCAUCUGCAGGCAACCACGGUAACCCCCCAGCUAUCGGAGAGUACUACUAGCCUUGUCUGAGCCAGAACGGCCAAUAGGGCACGAGCCGAUCUACUGUUUCAGUAAAGGGAUGCAGUUUUUGUUUACUUAGCGAAAUAAUUCAGAUCUAGAUUAAGUGUCUAGGAGGAGGGACUAGAGGUUGUUUCUAGACGUAAAUUUAGUUAUUGUGCCUGUCCCUGGUUUGGCCUGCCUGGACAGUUGUCCCACACUAUGAUCUCAUUCAUCAGGCCAGGCUAAUCUUCUCAACAGUAUCCUCUCAUCCAGAGGCCAUGUAUCACCCUCUGUUAUGUAAGACUCCUACACAAUUAGAUAUCUUUACAAAAGAGUACAAUUAAGCUGAAAAGGAGUAGAAUUGAGUCACAAUUUACAUAGGGGGGGUCUUUGUUUCACUGUGGAUGCAACCGCACAAUACAAUUACACAAUGUAACAGCACAGUAAUAUAAUGUUACUAGAGUCAUUACAGUGUAACUACACAAGAAAAAUCUAUGUAAAGUGUUACCAAAUAAAAGAUGCAUUGUGCCCUCAGAGGAUUCAACUAGACUGAAGUACUAAGCUGAUCAGAUAAUACAAGAGGUUACAGUAACCUUAAAUCCUUCAUGAACAACACAAUCAGUUAAGUGCAGGACUGUCAAUCCGCUAAUCAAUUUAUCCUCCUUACCAUGUCACACAUUCAUCAAUCAUCUGUUGUGAAAGCCAUUGUAAGCAACAUGUUCUACCCUACCAGAAGGUUCUACCCUACCAGAAGGUUCUAUCUUACCAGAGGGACCUCAAGAACACUUUCCCUUCCCAAUUACCAUUCAUUGUUUCAGAAUGGCCUGAGAUGCGUCAGUGUCUAUCUUUCCCUUCUUAGACGGAUCCAUAAUCAGCUUUCAAGUACCUCAGGUAAGCAAAUGAUGAUCGAACUUGACACUGUGCUUCCUAUUUCAUUCAGGUCCUGCCCCUUACCUGAAUAGGAUUCUUCUCAAUCUUCUCUACAGUGUCUGAACCUGGAUAUCACAGUCAAUGACAGUUGCUUCACUUUGGUUGUUAAUUCCAUCAACAAACAAAUGUACCAUAGGAUUUUCUUUGUGUGUAGGAUUGAUAUACAGUGUACCAUAGCACCCUGAAUGACUCAAUGAGAUUACAGUUCAUAUUUUGGUGUAAACAUACAUUGAUUUCUGAUCACAUGAUAUCUCUGGAUGAUUGAUUCGAAGACCGUAAUGAAAUGACUAACAAGUGUUAUCUCAGUGUGGUUAUGAACUGAAGGGAGUUCAAAUCUACAUGGUCAGAGAUGACCAGUCAUUUUUGCUCUAUUGGGAGGUGGAGUGGCCACUGGGGCUUUUGCCUGUUGAACCUAUUUGUACAGUAAUGAGAUUAGUGGGUUAAUCCAGGAGUCAGGAAUAGACCUACUGUUCUUCCUCCUGAGGGAGGUACAGUACAUGACUAAGGAGGAGAGAAGAGGAGCGUCCAGGGAGGUGUCUUAACGUCCAGAGCCAUGCCACGGUUCAACCUACACCUCUGAUGAUCCUCCUUUCUCUGACACCUCUCAACGGAGGCAGCCCAGGAUGCUGUAUUUCCAUAGAUCAAAAUACCUGUUCCUGGUGAGAUACAUGGCACUGCCAGUCCAGAGAUGAGCAUAACAAAUGCAGUAGAUGGUGUCGUUGCCAAACCCUACUUUCCAGAGAUAAUCCAGGCUGAUUAACUGAAGACCCGUGGUGGUGCCGGAAGACUAAAGCUUAGAUUUACAGCAUCUGAGCAGACUGCUGUCUGUGGUCCAACGUGGGCAUGUGGAGUCGUUUUAGGUUGAUGUCUGAAGAUGCUGACGAUCACUAGCUCCACAUCCUUGUUGCUACAGGUGCACUGCCAUGGCAGUGGAUGUCUGCCUGGGUAUUCCGUCAUCUAGUACUCCACCCUCAGACAAGCAGUGGAGUCCCCUACCGCUACAUGGAGUCAGUCAGGACCCCCCGGGCGAAUUACACGUUGGUCGGGGAGGUGAUACGUCAUGUCAUACCUGGAGCCACACAGUGCUCCAUAGGGUGUGGAGGUCUGAACUGCAAGUAUGAGGACCCUGACCGCUGGAGCGAGGACAAGCAAGCCAUCAAAGGCCUCUAUUCCUCCUGGGUCACAGAGAACCUACUUGCCAUGGCCAGGCCCUCUACUGCAUUAAUAGAAAAGUACAACAUCAUUGACCAAUUUAAAAGAUGUGGCCUAAAGACGGUGAUAAACCUGCAGAGACCAGGGGAACACGCCAGCUGUGGUCCCAACACACUGGAACCAGAGAGUGGAUUCUCCUACCGACCUGAGGUGUUCAUGGAGAAUGACAUAUAUUUCUAUAACUUUGGAUGGAAUGACUACGGGGUGGCCUCCCUCACAUCCAUCCUGGACAUGGUGAAAGUCAUGUCCUUUGCGAUGCAGGAGGGGAAAAUGUCUGUCCACUGUCAUGCUGGUCUGGGAAGAACAGGUGUGUUGUUAGCGUGUUACCUGGUCUUCGCCACGAGGAUGACCGCUGACCAGGCCAUCGUGUUUGUACGCUCUAAACGUCCCAACUCCAUCCAGACCAGAGGUCAGCUGUAUUGCGUGCGGGAGUUUGCCCAGUUCCUGGUCCCCAUCAGGAGUAUUUUCUCCUGCGCUGAGCCCAGUACUAACCCAGUCACCCUGUCCCAGUUCCUGACCCGCCAGAGACACAUGCUGCACGGCUAUGAGCGACGGGAGCUCAGGCACCUGCCCAAGAUCAUCCAUGUGAUCUGCAAGCUGCUGCUGGACAUCGCUGAGCACCGUCAGGUAAUCGAGGAGGACAUGCUGGACGUCAAUGACAUGACCGCCGAGGAGGAGGUGGAGUUUGAGCGCUACUACGACUUUGGCUUCACCAAGGGUAGCUUCGGCGGAGGCAGCAUGGGGGACCGGCCCCGCUUACCGGGACCCCCAACCAAACACCGACACGCCAACGAACCGGCCCUCUUCUACCACCGCAAGAGCCUGAGCUACAGCGAGUCGGACGUACAGAGGCUAGGCUCUGAACUCCACCUGCUGACCCAACCUCUCUCCAACUUUCUAUCCACUAGCAACUUGCCUGUGGCCUGUUCUUCCUCCCUGACCUCCCUGCAUAGAACCCUGGCCACGGUCAGCCCCGUCACCACCACGUACAGCUCCCAAAAUGGAUUCUUUCCCCAUGGGUCCCUCUGGGAGCAGAAGAGCCUGGCGGAGGGAUCCCCACUCCUAAAGAAGAGGCAGAAAGCCUGCCAGAGCAGCGAGUCUGAGUGCCACCCUAAGCAGAAAACGUUUGGCAGCAUGUUGUUUAGGUGGAGGGAGAAGUUAGCGAACAAUGGGAAUGUGUCCAAGGUGUUUCAGAUAGAGGAGUCAGAGGUGCCCUUCAUCACCAUCCAGACAGAGCUGUCCAAGGAGGCCAGGCGCGUGCUGGUGGCCCAGGCCCUGGCGGUGGAUCUGGAGCUGGAUGGAGAGGAUGAACACUUGGAGAGACUCCACGCCUGGCAGUCUGGGUUAAACAUGGGAGGGGCGUGGGAGAGGCUGUGUACAUUGGAGAAGGACCCAUUUGUGCUCUCUGGGCUGAUGUGGACCUGGCUGGAGCAGCUGAAGGAGCCAGUCAUCUCUGUCAGAGAUGUACAGAAACUGGACCUUAACGACAGUGACCCUGCAAACCCAGAGGCUGUCUUCAAACCACUGGACCAGGCUCCCAGGGAGAUGUUGAUGUGCAUUCUGGACUGUAUGGCUCAUGUUCUCACAAUACCAGAAGAGGUGGAGGCUGCUUUCCUGGAUCGCACCAUCAAGGCUUUCACCAAGAUGGGAAAAUGUUCAGCGGUGUAUCCGGCCAUGACAGAGAUCCUCAGGCUGGUCCUACAUGACAUGAGGUUUAUAGCCAUAGAGGAGGAUGAGGUACCAUUUAUGCCUCCCGGCCCUAUUAUGCUGACUCCAUAGCCCUGCUGGAUUCUGUUCCAGACUGUCCCUAUGUAGAGACUUGUUAUAUAUUAAACAGCCAUAUACAGUGGCAAGAAAAAGUAUGUGAACCCUUUGGAAUUACCUGGACUUCUGCAUCAAU